GUCAAUAUUUUAAAGUAUGCAGACUGCUUUGGGACACUUCUCAUUUCUCGCCUUCCACAUCUCAUUAUAAUAGUCAGUCUAUACAUUUCCUGUAUGUGCAUAAUCCUAGCUCUGUGUGCAGGCCAGUAACACAUUCGCUAUAGUCCUACAGCCAGUGCUAUACAGAGUCUAUCGAAGAGUCUUGGACAGAUUAGGAGCAAAAAUCGGUCAGGGCUCUCAUGGCUCGCUUCAACACAGGUGCCGGCGGUCCCUUGAAGGAAGGGGUUUGCCCCAAACUAACAACCCAAUCCAGACAGCCCACCAGGUCCCCGCUUUUAGCCAAGAUCGCUGCCCUGGAGAAUAAACAAUCAGAACAGGCCUUGACCACCACUAACUCCCCUGCACCCAAGUCUGUGUUUCAGAAAAAUGUUGAGACAGCUGCCCAAGAGGAUGUAGGUAAGUCCUUCCCAAAACACCCGUCUCUCAAGCCCAAAGAGACCAAUUGGAACAGAGAGUCUUCCGGGUCCGAGUCCACUUAUGCUCAAUCUCUACUGAAAAGGCCUCCAAUCAAUAAAAGCUUUCUGGACAACAAGGUCAAGCCGGUUCCUGCUUCAGGCACUCCCAAACCCCCAUGGGUGAAAGACAGCGGGUCAGAAAACAUCCCUGCAGCAACUCUGCUGCCCUCAGCCCCCAAACCAAAGACAUCUACCCUACAAUCCCUCCUUGACCAACGGACCCUGAAGGAACCCUCAACACCGUCCGCCCCAAAACUGUCCUCAAGCUUGACCCUCAAACCCCCAGUGCCCGCGGACCAGAAGAAUACCCCUUCAAGACAGGGAACUGAGAAAGAGUGUGUCAGCGUGGGGAAAGCAGCCUUAAACCCCAGUUUCAUGACAAAGGUGUCUGGUGGGAGGGAUGAACUGUUCCCAGAGAAAGAGAACGAUGGUCCCUCGACCCCUAAGAAGAAACCGCUACCUAAGGUGUUUUACUUGGGGAACCCUCCUCUGAAACCCAACAGGCCUCCCCAUGUGGACUUGCAGAGCUUUAGGACCGAUGUUCCAGAUCCAGGGCAGAGCACAGUGGACCCCUCUUCCUCACCCAUACCCCACACCAGCCGUUUGUCUGACCGUCCACGUCUCUGCCGCCUCUCUCAGUCUGCAGCUAUGAACCAGGAUGACCAGGAGAACUAUGACGAUGUUGGGACCUUGAAUCUCUCUCCACCCCCUCCCCCCGGAGGACACCCGAAUCAUAAAACUGAGGGCGAGUUGUGUAAUGAAGAGACAUAUGAGGACCUGGAGGAGAGAUGGUCCGAACAGGAAGUUAGAGAAACAAAAGAAAAAGAGAGUAAUGAAAAAGAGAAAACAAACCUACUAAAACAGGGGUCUAGUGAUGAGGAGAUGUAUGAAGACUUAGAUAGGAAAUGGACCGAAAACGAGGAUAUAGGAUCAAAAGAAACCACAGAGCAAGAGAAGAGUGACAAAGAGAAGAAGAGCGACAAAGAGAAGAAGACCGACAAAGAGGAGAAGAAACGAUUAGAGCAAGAAAGAAAACUGCAGAAAGCCAGAGAAAAGAGGGAGCAAGAGGCCAAGAGAAAGUACAAGCUUUCAGAGAAGAUUGAGGUGAUUCACAGAGCCAAGGUUAAUUCAGACAUUAAAGGAGGGAAGAGUGACCUGCCCCUAAAGCAGGGGGAGACAAUAGAUAUAAUACGCAUCGUUAACAACCCAGAUGGACGCUGGCUGGCCAGGAACAAUGACGGAAACUAUGGCUAUGUGAGGAUCGAGGCAGUAGACAUAGAUUAUGGCCUUCUGAAACAGAACAGCAAAGGAUCCCUAAAUAACCCGCCCGCUGGAGAGCCUGAAGUUUAUGAUGAUGUAGCUGCCUGCAGUGUUCUGACAGAACAACAAGCUAAGGAUGGAGAGAUCUACGACGAUGUGGACGGAACAAAUUCAAAUAGAUUUCUGGCACCACCUGCAGUGCUUCCAACUGGAGAUGAAGUAUAUGACGAUGUGGAGACCCAGAGCUUCCCUGCCCCUGCUCUCAACAGUACCCCUCAGCUGACAUCAAAGGGAAUGCAAGGUGAAAUGGACUCUAAGAAGAAAAAGAAGUUUGAGAAAGAGGAAAAGGAAUUCAGGAAGAAAUUCAAAUUUGAAGGGGAGAUCCAAGUGUUAUAUGAGCUUACUGUAGCUCCUACGUUGGCAAAUAAGAAAUGGGGGAACAAAGACCUGCAGCUAAAACCAGGAGAAGUCAUUGAUGUCAUUACAAAGCCCACAGAAGGCAAACUGAUUGGCAGGAACAGAGACGGAAAAUUUGGUUAUGUGUCCAUGGUCAACGUUGCAAAUGAUGGUGGAGAUAUUUAUGAGGACAUUGGAGAAGAUUGCAUUUAUGAUAAUGACUAAGAGGAGCUAUAUCCGAUAUUUGGAGGCAACCAGGACUUAACUCUGCACUGCACACUGAAAGUGGGUGUUUUUGAAAAAAUUCUGUUUCAUCAAUGUGCUUCUGAUGUGUAAUUAUGUUGUUUAAUAAUUAUGGAUACAUGAGCUUUAUUUGCUGCUUUUGUGAAUGAAUGUGUUGCAAUGAAAUAAAGUGGGUAAAUCUG